UGCAACUACAAUGCUAGCCAAAUGUCCAAUAACUAUCUGCGGUGCCAAAAUUCCCAUGCGAUUUGGACCUGAUGAAAGCGAGUUCGAUAUGAACGGAUGGGGGCGUUGCAGGAACUGCAAGUCUUUCAUCUUUCGGGAUCAUAUUUAUUGCCAAUCGUGCCGAUGUGUGAAUCAGGCGGCCAAAGAAAAUCAGGACUUAAUCGUAAAGCAAGCACUGGCGAAAAGAUUGCAUGCCCAGAAGAAAGAAAACGAAGAAAAAGAUUCGAAGAUUGCCCGGUUGGAGGCUGACUAUCUGGAAUUAAGCUUAAUUUUAAGCAAGAAAAAUGCCGAGAGGAAUUCAAAAGGGGCGGAUAAUUUCAAGCAAAGCGGAAUUGUUGAUACUCAUGGGGAUUUUGUCGAGAAAACUGCGACAGAGGAAAGUUCAGAGGUUGAUGGCGAUAAACCGAACAAUGAGGACAAUGAGGACAAGCAGGAUUAAUCUUUCACAAAUGUCUUAAACUUGGGUGUGAUUCAUAUCUGUAAAUUGUUA